AUGAACUCACCACAAGAUGACGAAGAGGACGACAGAGAGGGAGAGUUGGCAAGAGAUUUCCCUACACUGAAGAUGAUGUCAAUUACUCAACACAUACUCCAAUGCAUGCCAGACGAUAUUUCCAAAAGAUUAUUUCAGCAACUUCAAAAAGUGAUGAGUGAUAUCAGAAAAGAUAUACAGGUUCUGGGCUCCAGGAUGUCUCACAUGGAGACGAAGGUGGGAGAGUUUGUGGAGGUCCACAUUGAUCUGGCAGACCAUGUCCAACAACUGGAAGUGAAACUAGAAACAUACAAACACAAGAUCAUGGACCUUUGUCACAGAUAA